AUGAGUCACGAAAUUGAACCUGUGAACUGCCAUGAAUUUAAUGCUUCACAAGAUCCUGAAUGCGUGUUUAACGCCACUUACUCUUAUACACCGCUCGAUCGCUCCCAGUCGUCCAGUAAUAUAGAGGGGCAAAUAAAAAUAAAAAGAAGUCCAAGUUAUAUUUUUGAUCUUGAUGACAGUUUUGAGCAUUUGGACAAUGCAGAGUCACUGUUUGGUUUUGUAGAAACAACUUCAAUGCCAAACCUCAGUUAUCUUGGUUCUGAUGAGGCUAGAAGCCCAACCGUAGACCCUCCCCGGUGUAUGUCUGCAGUCCCCGACUUUUUUCAUGAAUCAUUUGAUGAUGUAGAAGCAGUAAACUAUGUCAACCUUUCGUCAUUUAUAAAAAAUCAAGAUGAGGUUUAUCAAUCAUUGCUGAAAAAGAAGCCUGGAGACACCGAAGACAAUCAUUCGAUAGAUGCAACAUCUAAAGUAUUUUCUGGAUCUGGACCACUGACACGUACUUUAAUGGAAUUUACCGAGAACGAAACUAACACAAAAUCAGCUGCACAUUAUUCUGCGGUUGCUUCAACAACGCAUAUGGCCAGCCAAGAGAAUAAGAUCGGCGCAUUUUGCCAAAGUAACCCUUGCGACAUUGAAAUGGAACUCCUUGUCUUGCCCAUGGUGGAUGAUUUCUCUAAAGUAGAAAUGCGUAUACCUUCCGCAUCUCUUUCGACAGAGAAGAAGAAGGCUCUAAGAAGGAUUGCUGUUGAGAACGAGCUAACGAUUUUGAGUUGCGGGAAAGGAAACUCAAAAUGUACUGUACUUCGUAAAAAAAAUGCACUAAUCCAAAGACAAGCUGCUCAGAGAGAAGCAGAAAUAGAGACGGAAAGGCAGAAGCAACGAUUGAUUGAAGAGGCAAAACGAGCAGCUGAUUCCCAAGUUACAAGCGAAUCCGCGAUUUGCGUUGCUUCCAUACAAACAGUACCUAGCAAGAUUCAGCCCUUGCCCACUGAGACCAACAGAGCUGUGGGACGGCAGAAUAAUAGAAGACAGGGCAAGGAGAUAAUGUCAUGUACUACAGAGGCUUCAAUGAAUUCUGCAGCGAGGCGCAAAGCACGACGAGCUGCGGAACGAGAACAGGCCAAAAAGGCAGCAGCUGAAUUACGGAAGAGAGAGAGAAGGAGAAGAGAAACUGCUAUGCAGACAUGUCCACAGGACUGGAUUAUUUGCCCAUGGUGCAGACAGGACAUCCCACCGGCGGAGCAAUGCGGGCACAUAGGGCUGUGCAGGGCCGCCUACCGUCAACAGAAUCGAGAGGCGAAGGCAAAGGCGCAGUUACAAAACUACCGAAUUGCCGCGGAGAAUGCACGACGUCGGAAACAAAAUUUGCCUCCCCUUAACCCCGGUUCGCAUGUUACCGGUGCCCAGGGGCAGGAACGGGAACGAAAUCAUAGUGGGAGUGAUUCAAGACGACGAUCCAGUCAUUCACGAACGAGAUCGGCGGAUGGCAAUUUGGCAGCAGCACUGAAGAGGCAAGCAGUGAUCGCAGCCCAGCUGAAGGAGAUUCAUCCAAACGACGUAGACGGAAUGAUCUGCGCGACACAACGUGUUUGUGCACUACUAAACUGUGCUCGCAUAAUCACCUCUUCCGCCGGUGGUCCCUGUGCUUACUGCCGGAUGAUCCUUUGUGCCCAGCACCGACCACCAAACACUGGACACCACUGUCCCACCGCUCCUAAACCUCGGACAAAAAGGGCACUGUCUAAUGGGCAGAUUGAAGUGGGAUGCGGAGUUGAGGCGGCGGAAAGACAAGCGGCUUUGAAAAAGCGCAUGCGGGACAAAUUAAUCGUUAUGGCGGAAAGGAGGAGACGCUGA